AUGACUCUCAAGGGAGGCACCAGCCAAGCUUGUGCUUCGUGCAAGUAUCAAAGGAGAAAGUGCUCCUCUGAGUGUCCUCUAGCACCUUACUUCCCUUCUGAACAACCAAAGAUGUUCCAAAAUGCUCAUAAGUUGUUUGGUGUACGCAAGAUUCUCAGGAUACUUGAGAAUCUUGAUUAUCUCCAGAAGGAGGAAGCAAUGCGUUCUAUCAUUUACCAAUCCAAUAUUCGUGACAGGUUUCCUGUUCAUGGCUGUUUGGGCAUCAUCUGUCAACUGCAUUUCCAGAUUCGGCAGGUGGAAGAAGAGCUCCGUGCUGUCUACGCACACCUUGAGAUGUACAGGCAGCAUCACCACCAUCAGAUUGCAGCUUUGACAGAGGAUGUUCCCUCGCAAUUAGAAUUAGGAAUGGCACUUCCUCAGCCUUGCUUGGCACAACAGUACUCGUACUCUAUUAGCAGUAAUAUCAUUGAUAAUGUUGGGAAUCAGCUUUGGAGUCAACAUCCUUAUGCUACAAACAGUAACACCAAUUACAUGCCAAUUAUUCAGUCUCAGCUAGAUGCUUCUCAGCCACUAUCUACCCAACAAGAAAUUGUUCAAGAUUAUGAUGAGAUGCAUUCAUUUUUUGAUACUAUUGACGAUAGGCAAUCAUAUAUAGAAACUAAAGAACCCUAUGAGUCCAGGUAUGUUUUCCUUUUUCGAUACUGUUGA